GGAGAGACAUGAGUUACAGAAGAAAGGUAUGUAGACGGUAUACUAAUAUUCGCAUUGACUCCUGGCAAUUUCCGGAUUUGCUUUUUCUAUCAAGUACACCAUACUAAAGUACAUAGUAACAUAUGUCGACCUCGCCUGUCAGUCUCAAUAUCCACCACAACAUUCUGUCUACCUUAAAUAAGGCACUCCAUCGGUGUUCUCCAUGCUACACUCAGCAGCAUCCAUCGGACACUUGCCAAACUGGAAAUUCUGGUGCCGCCGGUGUCUCUGACUUGUAUGAUAUCGCUGAUGCUAUUGGUUCCAUGAUCAUCGAUGAUACAGAGGAUCUCAAAGCAAACCUUGUCAUGGAACUCGCCAGGGCUAGACGGGAGAAGCUCCUUGCUGAAAAGUCGCUUGCUGACUGCAGUGGUCCGCUGAGCCUUGAACUCAUGGCAAGUUUAUCAAAGUUCAAGUCAAGUCUUUUUGAGCAGAAACUCAACCAGGGCGGAUAUGACGAGAUCUUGAAGCUUGCAGAGAGUCAGCUAAGCCAGGCUGAUCUGAAGCUUGAAUCCAAUGGACUUGAAGUUACACCUGCAAAAGUUGCCUGGACACCUGUGAAGCUGGAAGCGAGAGUAUUUUCUGAUGAAGAUAAACUGAAGGCUGUGAAGUACAUUACCUCUCCAGAGAUUUGGCCGACAUUCAAGCUCAUCCAGACAACAACGUUUACAUAUGUGAGCCUGAUUUUUUGUGUUAGGCUGUCUCAAUCAGCACAAAUCCGUAACUUUUGGCACAACCAAGCUUGGCCAAAGUAUAAGGCUGUGCGGGAGUGGCAGGAGCACACUGGUGGAGGUGACGGGGAUGAAGAUGACGAUGGAGAUGAGGUUGAAGGCGAGAGUGUUGAGGAUGAUAUUGCACUUGAUGGGACAAAGCGGAAACAUACAUCUAAGAAGAAAAUAUUGAAGAAAGUCCUUGACGAGUUCGAAGCUAGUGAACUUUUCAAAACCAUUGAUGCCAUUGCUCGGAAUGAUAGCAUGGUAGUUUGCAGCCAUGAUAUCAACUCCAGUGUCUCUAUCUCCAACAACGAAACUCCACUGAAAAAAUGUGUAUGUAAGUCGAUAUUACUUGAGGCAAAUGACUUUUCCGAUACCACUGGACUCCUUCGUGAAAUGAUGGGUACUAUGGGCGAACACCAUAAACGUCAGGAGAAAGUCGAUGAAACAAAUUUGCAGGUUGCAAAACUCAACAUGGAGGUCACAUUAAAGCAUGAGAAACGCGAACAGGAGGAGUAUGAGCAACAUCAGGCUGAUAUUCGGGCGAAGCGAGAAGAAGCACAAAGAAAGGCACAACAAGAGGAGUGGCAACAGGCUAGUGAAUUUUUGAAUCAUCCUAACCCUCUGAUACGAGCUCGUGGGGAAAGAAUGGCAGAGCGACUGACUGCAGAGGAGACAGAGAAGAAAGCUUAG